GUUCUAAUCCUCUCUAAUAAGUGACACGGAUUUUUUAAAUAUCAGACCCAGGUUUCUAACAGAUAAGGACAACAUCCAACUAACCCUGAGCUUAUUCAAAAGGAUAAUCUGGUGUUCAUUCGUCAUGUUGAGCCAUUUCUCUCUGCAAAGAUCAACAUCUCUGGGGAUGCUUUCAUGUGGUGGAAGCACUUACAGGAUGAACAACGUGACUUCCAUUACUAUAAAAUGGUAGUUGAGAAGCUUUUUCAGAUAUUCCCACCCAUUCCCACCUUUGGAAAAUCCAGCUCAGACAGAAUAAAAACUUGUGCUGUUGUGGGAAAUUCUGUUAAUCUGAAAGGAUCAGGUUAUGGACAUCUGAUAGAUCUAAAUGAUGCUAUCAUAAGAAUGAACUUUGCUCAGAUCCGAGGAUAUGAGGCUGAUGUUGGGACUAAAACAACUCAUCAUGUCAUGUAUCCAGAGAGUGCUUCGGAUUUAGAUGACACCACCAAACUUGUGCUAUUUCCCUUCAAAAUACAAGAUAUUGAGUGGCUCAUCAAGGCCUUUACUACAGGAUUUUAUGGAAGAUCAAAUCCACCAAUAAAAUCCAAAAUAAGAGCCAACAAAGACUUGGUGAUGGUGAUCAGUCCAGCAUUUAUGAGGUACGUUCAUGAAAUCUGGCUGCAAAGGAAAAGGGCAUAUCCGUCCACCGGCUUUAUGGUCUUGGUUCUUGCCCUUCAUGUUUGUGAUCAGGUCAGUGUGUUUGGAUUUGGAGCAGACAGUGAUGGAAACUGGAGCCAUUACUUUGAAACAUUGAGAAACAAAAGACUAAAAACUGGAGUGCAUCCAGGAGAAGAUGAAUAUGCAAUGAUACAACUGCUAGCUAACAAAAAAACUAUAAAAUUUUAUAAAGGUUUGUGAUGUUUCUUUAAAGACUCUAUUGACCCUAAAACGGAAAACAUAUUAGUUUUAAAGUGGAGUUUGAGUGACAUCUUUAUAAGGAAUAUGAACCUUACUUGCAGCAGAAAGAAGUCAUACUGUGAUAAAAUUGUAGAAACCACAUUGGGUCCACAAAUAAAGCUAUAUUUAGCCAUAGAGGUGCAAAGCACUACAACCUUAACAAAAGUGCUACAACUUUAAGGAA